AUGCUUCUAUUUGCUCGAAUUUCCACACUCUAUUCCAUUCGUCAUUCUAGUCGUAGCCGUGAAUUCUUCGCUCAACUCAAAAAACUCUAUCGUUCGACCACAUUAGAUCUAUUUAUGGCUUCGAAUCAGCGUACUUGCUUUGUCUUUGAUAAAGACGAUCAAACGAAAGUUCUCAUUCAAAUGGCCUAUGAUAUACCGUCGACAGCAGUACGACGAAAAUUUAAUUUAUUACGCUCGGUUGAUGAGUCGGUUUCUCAAACGAUACGUCGUUUGACUGCUAAUAUCGAGCAAGCGGCAAAAAAGAAAAAUAAACGCCGCGAUAAGCAGAACAAUAAGACUGAUUCACCGGUCCAACCAGAGCCGAUCGUGAUUCAAUUAUUUGAUGAGAAUAAUCAACUGAUUGAUGAAACUCAACUAAAUAAACAAGCUUGGUUGAGUUGUCGACGAUUGGUUAUCAAUGAACAGUCGUAUCAAAUUGAAUACAAUGCGCCUGCUUUGAUCAAAUUUCGAUUUCCGGAAAUAAUUAUGUCGAAUACCAUCACGACCGCAGUUGUUGAACUUGAUUAUGGUGAUCCGGAACAUUCAUUAUUCAAUUGGUAUGUUGCGGAUGAGGUGAAAACUGAAGUGGCUGAUGAGCUCGAAGAAACUGCUGAUGAUCCACAAUGGAUACAUGUUCACACAGGCCCCUAUUGUAUCUUUCGCGAUGAACAUGUCAAUAAAUUCGUGCGUCUUGCCUGCUUACCACGAAACAGCUCAGCGCGAACGGGCAUGCAAGCAGUUCAUAUUUCCAAGACACGAAUUAUUCCAUGUCCAAGUGAUCUACCAAUGAAUACAAGGCAUCAAUUAACUCAAAACUUUCUUCCAAUCGAUUCCAACUCACUUCGCGUAGUUUCAUAUAACAUCCUCGCAAAUGGGUAUGCAGCAUCGACCGGUGCAGCUGAAAUCAUGUAUCCAUAUUGUCCUGAAGAUCAUCUCAGUCAUGAUUAUCGCAAGCCACUUCUUUUGAAAGAAAUCUUAGGUUAUCACGCUGAUUUGAUUUUCCUACAAGAAUGUGAUACGAAGUUCUACGAGCGUGAACUUUCGACUGUAUUGAAGCUACAUGGAUACUCAGGUGAUUUGAAGAUAAAAAGCGAAAGCGUACAAGAAGGUGAAGCGAUCUUUUAUCGAAAUGAGCGAUUCACUGCAAUCAAUACCCACCAUAUCAGAUUAGGAGAACAUUUACGUACUUCACCGCAUAUGGAACGUAUCCGACAAUGCACGUCACUCGCACCUAAUGUGAAUGCACAUUUAUUAGAACGAAACACUGUAUUACAAGUUUUGGCAUUGGAACCUAAAGGACAAUCGAAUGAAGUCUUUCUCAUGUGUAAUACUCAUUUACAUUAUCAUCCUCGAGCUGACAUUGUGCGAUGCUUUCAAAGUUUGAUUGCGAGUGAACAUAUUAAAGAAGUGAAAGAUUUCUAUGAACAACAAAAUAAAAAUGUCUCCAUAAUCUGGUGCGGGGAUUUCAAUUCAAAUACAACCUCACUGGCGUUUCAUCUGCUCUUCUCAGGAGCUCUUUUGCGAGAUCCAAAUCAUCGCAGCUAUACCGAAGACUAUAUAAGAAUAAUAAAAGACUUCGAUUAUAAACUCCCGCUUGAACUGAGCACUUAUUCGAACUAUUCUUAUACCAACUACAUGGUAUCGUUUCACGCCGUUAUCGAUCACAUCUUCUUCGAGACGAAAAAGUUCAAAUUUCAACGAUGUAUACCAAUGCCAACUGAUGCAGAAGUGACAGAAUUUACGGCUUUACCAUCGUGUAAAAUUCCGAGUGAUCACUUAGCUCUUGUCAUGGAUCUUGAAAUGAUAAAAUAA